UGCUUCCGUAAUUCAAUCCAUCGCCAGUCAAAACACUCCAAACGCUAAUUAGACAUUUUUAUUUCUUUUGAUUUUUCACCGUAUGCUAAAAUAGUACGCAGAGAAACUAUCAAUAGAUCACUUAUACGGUUUCUAACAAAAUAAAAGCCAAUAACUGUCAUGGAUCGAGUGGACAGCGUUAAUGUUUCGUAGAAUUCCAAGCGACCUACUUGGUGGUGAUUUACUGCAGUGGACUGUACGAAACGCUAUGAUAGUAAGAAAAAAGUAAAUCGGUUCGCCGUCAUAGCGCGUUUGCUGUUAACACACAUUCUAUAAUGCAUACGAGACAACGUUGUUAAUACCACAUUCCAAGGAGAAAUCGACUCGAUGUACAAGCACUGUAGUCUCAAUAGGUAGGUGUACCUACAACAUAGUUUGUAAAUUAUAUAAACAUAAUACGCAUGCAGCGAAAGAACGAUACGUUUUCCGUUGCACUGUUGAUUACAGCAAUUGCACAAAACUGUACCGACUCGAAAUGCUAAUAAAUUGAUCGUUGUCGUAUUAUGUCGGAAGUUCGCACACAAACGUGCGUUGUAUGAUACCUAAUAUUGUGUAAUGUAAAUUAUUAUUAUUGAACACGAGUUAUUAUCGAGCCGAUAUGGCUUAAUCGUAAGAUGAAGAUGCUUAGUCCGUGACGAUACGUCAAAACACUAGCGAAUUUUCUGAAGUAUAUAAACUAUUGUCGCUACCGAAAUAUCAUCAAUCGUUCAUCAUGAAUUCCUUCGGUUUUGUUAUAGCUUUCAUUGCCAUUCAGGUGUACGCCUCUUCGGCUUGUCUAUCUUCAGAAUGCCUUUUCCCAAAACCAUUAUGCAAACCGUACAAAUGCACAAUUCCAGUACCCGUUUUAAAAUCUUAUUAUGAUGAUUCAUCACUCGAUUGCUGUCUUGAAUCUAAACUGCAAAAACCAAUAAAAUAUUCACCUUUAUUACUUGCCAAAUUGUUAUAUCCACUUCUUAAGAAUGGCCCACUACCAGUUUCUAUUCCUUUCCCAGUGCCAGCUCCAUGCGAAUCAGCUCCAGCACCAGCACCAGCUCCUUGCUCCCCAGCUCCAGCACCAGCCCCAGCACCAACACCAGCACCAGCUCCUUGCUCCCCAGCUCCAGCCCCAGCCCCAGCCCCAGCACCAGCACCAGCACCAGCACCAGCACCAGCACCAGCACCAGCACCAGCCCCAUGCUCCCCAACACCAGCUCCAGCACUCCCUGCUAACCUGCCAGCAGAACUCCAAUUGCUUUUAGCAAGUGGCUCUCCAAUCGCUUUGCCUCCAGUAUCUUUUGCAACAAAUACACCAACCAUUCCUCCAGCAUUAUUAAUUGCUUUAUUAAGUGCAGCUUGUCAACCGUGUGCUACUUCUUGCGCUACACCUUGUGCUACUGAAUAUGCUCCUUCUUGUUUUACCGAUUGUGUUCCUGCUUGCCAACCAGCUCUUUGCACCUCACCAUUUCCAGCUACCCUAUCUUUGUCACCCAAUGACUUGUUGAGUCUUCUAUCCGCUGCUACCCUAGGUUGUGCUGCUCCUUGUGCCCCAUGUUGUUAACUUUUAAUGUUAUACAUACUGAGUAUAAUUUUACUAACAAAUGUUAAUAACAUUAUACUUAUUUAUAAAAUAUCAGACUAAUAUUUAUUGUUAAUUAGGGUAUUGAUAUAAAAACACAUGUAUAGAUUUUACCCAAAAACUGUACUCAAAUAUUAUAUACUAUUAAACUGAUAAAUGAAAACUAAAAAUAUAUUUUUUAAUAUUUUUA